AUGAAGGUAAAGGGGAUGAAAAAACGUAAGGCCCUGGUCAUUGACUGCGAGAUGGUUGGGAUCUCGGGAGGAAGAAGCGAACUUGCCCGUAUUUGCAUUGUCGACCUUUUCACGAGAGAAGUCCUUGUCGACUCCUUUGUGAUCCCCACCGAGAUUGUUAGAGACUGGCGGACAAAGUACAGCGGAGUAACCCAAGCUAUGAUUACUCAGGCUCGGGCUAAUGGAACGGCUCUGAACGGGUGGCCAACCGCAAGGACUAAGCUUUUCGAGCUUGCCGACGCGGACACGAUACUCAUAGGACACUCGCUCAACCAUGACUUGCAGGCCAUCCAUGUCAUUCACAACAAAGUUGUCGAUUCUGCUAUCUUAGUUGCAGAAGCCGUUUUCGGACGGGGCAAUAGGCUAGAUCGCCAAUGGGGGCUGAAAGUGCUGUGUCAAGAACUGCUGGGUAUCACAAUACAGUCGUCUAAACGUGGCCACGACUGCUUGGAAGAUACGCUCGCAUCUCGAGAGAUUGUGCUGUGGUGUUUUAGGGAGCGUGAGAAACUGGCGGCCUGGGCUAAGGAUGCCUUAGUCAAGUACGAGCUUGAGAAGCAGAAGAGAGAAGAGCGCCAAAGAGCGAAGGCCCAAGAGUUAGCGUUGAAGAAAGAAAAGGAAAAGGAAAAGGAGAAGGCGAAAGCUACUCAUUACUAUUACGACGCCUACGAUGAUAAUAGGCUAACGACUCAGCCAGAAUACAUCGACUCUUCGGAGCUCACUUCGCAUUACAAUUCAUAUUGUGGUUCAUCAUCGUCUUACUAUAGGGAGUCAGACGACAAGGACUACCGCACGCUGUAA